AUGGCUGCGCAUAAGACCUCGGCGGUCGUGGAUGAAAAUGAGCCGCUCGAGGUUCUCUUUGCCCUCCACCCCAAGUUCGACUUGUUGGACUGGGCCGGCCCAUGGGAGGUAUUCCAUAGCGCCCUCCACGAUGUCAACGACCCAGAGUCGAAGGCCUUCGAUUGCACCAUCGCCGCCGAUGAGAAGACUGUCCUCUCUGACCAAGACGUGUCCAUCGUCAGCCAGAUCCCAUACAAGCAAGCAUACGAAGAUCUCAAAAACUACGACGUUCUUGUAGUUGUCGGUGGAAACACUGAUGAGAUCAUCGAGAAAGACGCCGAACCCCUCGGCAUCAUCUCAGCCUUUGCUGAGCUGCAGAAGGCAGAUCCAGUCCGAGAGAGGACAUUGUUGUCUGUCUGCACCGGCUCGCAUUUCCUUGCCCAGAAGGGAAUUCUCGCCGGCCUUUCGGCCACCACCCACCCCGACUACUUGACCAAGUUCGAAAUUCUUUGCAGCCGUGCUGCCACUCGCGAUCUUGACGAACGUACUGACGUCCAGGAGAACGUCCGGUACGUCGUUAACAAUCUGCGAUUCGACCUGGGAAACGAGGACGAGAACCCAUACAUCCGCCGAAAGUCGGAUGCCCGCCGCCCUUCCAAUGCCCGAAAGGGAAGUGUUUCGUUGAGAGGCUCCAGCACGCGAGAGAACAUUGCUCGCCGCGCUGCGAUGCGUCUUGGCGGUCUGCGUGUCAUCACUGCUAGUGGUGUUUCCGCUGGUACUGAUGCCGCUCUCUAUGUCGUCGGAGCUCUAGUCGAUGAUGAGUCUGCCAACGCAGUUGCGCGAAGACUCAACUGGACCUGGCAGAAGGGACUUGUUGUUGAUGGCGUUGAUGUUUAA